AUGACUCCGAGCUCGCCGCCGGUAGGCUACUCACGCCUCUCUCAGCCGCAGACUCCUGUAGAGCUCCGUGAGGAUGACUUCCAGGCUGUGGACCUCGGUGACCCGCUUUGUGAUCAUUUUAAUGUGUAAAACCGCGCUGGCAUGUAAGUAGACCUUCUCCUUUAGAUACUCAGAAACAUCGGUUCACCGCUCCGGGGGUUGUUGUGGGUUUGUAUCCGCGCUCACAGCGUCUUUUACGGGCUUGGUUGUGGUCUGACAACACGCUGCCGGAGGUGUGCCAGCGGUGUGUGGGUUUUGUUGUAGCCUUUUAAAGGGUGAAAGAAAUGAUCAUCAGAGAGGAGGACUGUUGUGAAGCCUGAGUGUUGUAAAAAUACCAUCACACUGUCUGACACUGUAUAAGUAAAAGGAUGUUAGGAAGGUCUGAAGUUUGUUUGUUUGUUGGAGCUUUUCCUGCUCCAGGCAGGAAUUAGUCACACUCACUUUCCCUCCCAUCGGUUUUCCUCUCUGUCCGUGGAGGCUUGAGGUAACGUGAGCUCUUUAGGGAUUUAUUUGUAUUUAUUUUGUGAGAUUUCAGGCACUAUAAAGAGCACAACAGCAGAUCAGUCCCAUUGUCUGCUCUGCAUACUUUUUUACCUAGUUGCUAUGUUUCCAGAUUUUCUUGUGUUUUUUAUUUAUUGUAUAUUAUCACCUUUCAAUUCAGUUUUUUGUUAGUUUGUUUGUUUGAUUCAUGACUUGAGCUGCUGACCUCUUGGCCAGGUCACCCCUGUGAAAGAGAUCUUGAUCUGUGUUUUAAUCAGGUUAAAUAAGAUAAAGUGUGAAAGUUGUGGUUAGGUUUACAUGUUAGUUCAGUUUUCUAAAUCUGGGAUACAUAACCUGAUCCUAGUGGUAGUAUUUGAAAAAAGAGUACAUCAAACACCUUAAUUUCUUUCCUCUUUUUUUUCCCUCAGUGGUUUUCUCAGUCGGUGUCGGUGUCUCUCUACCUUUGGGAUCGGAUGAAAUCAAGAAUCUGACAGUGAGUACUGGAGACACGGUCACUCUGCCGGCUGGAUCUGCUGAGCUACAGGGGGAUUACUCGGUGCUGUGGUCCCUGAAGAAUGGCAACGAGGAAGUGAAGCUUGUCACCUGCGAUGCCGGAGAGCCCCCCAAGUACUUCAAAGAAAACCUCGACCUAGACACGACGUAUGGCUCUCUGACUUUCGGGCCGCUCAGAGUUGAGGACAGUGGUGUUUGUGAGGGAGAAAUCACAGAUGGAGACAGCAACGUGCACAGAUACAAGUAUAAAAUCACUGUGUCUGGUGAGUGUUCAAACGUGCUAUAAAAAUAUAUGUGUGUGUACGUUUUUAAUUGUCAAAAUUACAGGUCACAAACUAGAGGUCAUAAACUAAAGGCUUUAAAGUCACUGAUAAAAAAGGCAAUAAAAUGCAGCUGUGAAAUCAGCUCCACUUCUGUAUACCAUAACAAGAGAGUUACUGUAGACACACCCAAUGUAAUCUCAGUUACUGAACGAACUAUAACUUUAAUCAUUUUAAUGAAAUGCUGUUUAUAACUCUGUGCCUUUCUUCAGGUUCAGUUUUGAAUUUUAACUUUAAAGGUUUUAUUUUGGCACUGUGGGUCUGCUCCCUGAUCCCAUCUGUAUUACUGAUUAUGUCAGCUUCUAUCUCUGACUUAUAUGCAGGAUUUAGUAGUUUGUUUUUUGGUUGUAGAAAAUUAUGAAAAGUUCUGAGCUUUAGUACUUCCCACUUUUCAUCGGCGUGUUUGUCAUUCUCUACUAAAAGUUACUCGGUCUGUAUGAGAAAGCAGUUUCCCAAAAAGUAAACAGAAGCGCCAUAGAGGUAAACAGUCAGUGAUUAGAGACGAGUGAGUGUACAAAAGGCGUGUGGUUUAGAGUUGUAAGAGUUGUAGAUCUCUAAUUAGUGUGAAAGUGAGUUGUCUCAGGCUGAGAGCUGUGAUUCAUCUUACAUUUGAACACCUUUGAUUCCCGUGCUGAGCAGUGCGCAGAGACCUGAAGACCCAGUUCAAGUAGUCUGUCGGUUAUUACUGCCUGUAAUGGUUCUGUUUAAAGACGGUAAUCUUUUUUUAAAGGGGUUCAAAUGUUUGAGUAAAUGAUUGGUCUGAACUGUAUCCUACUCCUAUUUUAGUCCUACUUUCCAGCAUUUAUUUUGAAACUCCAGUCUUAAUGAGUGUGUUGUAUCUGUCUCCUUCAAAAUAAAACUCUGAAUUAUUAAAAACUCAGGAAGUAAAUCCAUCUAUACAAGAGAUAUGAUUAAUUGGUUGUUAUUAUCAGAGAAGUGUACCUGUCUUAUGAGCUCAUUAAAAGGAAAAAAAAUAAUCAGAGUAUUUCAGUGUUAAAAACGAAGGAUUACACAGAGCUGAUGACCCAGAAGUGACCGUACUGAUGAAGAACAAACUGCAGUAAUGAAAACUUUAGAAACUAUUCCAGUGGUAGAAAAUUGCACAACAAAAACAUGAGGUUUAUCUUGAAUAAACUGCCUUUUUUGGAAUAGUCUUGGUCUUUUUUAUUUUGUUUGUAUCACGACUGACUCAUCCUCAGUUCUUCCUCUUUGUUUUUCUCAGUCAGGGUCUCUCCACCUGUCGGUGGGACAGAAAUCAAGACCCUCCCAGCCAUUGCUGGAGAAGAUCUCACUUUUCUGACUGGAUCCACUAAGCUAUCCGGUGAUUUCUCUGUGAUGUGGUGGUUGUUGAACAACAGCAGUGAGAAAGAGACCCUCAUUACCUGUUAUGGUGGAAAGACCCAAAAGUACUCCCACAAAAACCUCAGUCUGGAUCAGACAACCGGCGCUUUGACCAUCAAGUCAGUUGGGAUUCAAGACCAGGGAGUUUAUGGAGCUCACAUCAUUAAUGGAGACAACACCGGGGAGGAUUACACGUACAACGUCACUGUCACUGGUGAGUGUUCAAAUCUGCCAGAAAUGAAGAUGUUGACGUACAGCGCUGAGGACAAGUUGUGUCUGUGAUGCAGAAUAAGUAUGGACCUCCAUUUGUCGAAAAAUGUCCAUCAAGACAAACUCUGCAGAGCCCACAAGCACAAAAACCUUUUCUUUGCCACUGUAGAAACACGACAGGACAAGCCUCAUACAACCACAUAGUGAUAUGGAUCGUAUGUAAGAUGCUGAUUUGAUGCCGAUUUGUAAAAAUGUCAAUAAUCAGGCUGAUCACAGUUUUUGUGUUUAUUUCACAGAGCGUCGACCAAUCGCUGGACCUUCACCAAAACCCCCCCAAAUGCAGAGAUCUCACCUGGGAGCCAUCAUCCCUUCUAUCGGCUUUGUUGUUGUCAUUUCAGUGCUGGUCUUUCGGGCAUGUUGUCAUCAGAAGUGUCAGGUUGGUAAUAAGACUUCUGGGCCAUUCUAGCUGGCAGUGUUCAGUCUACAGACUGUGUAUGACCUCAAGUUAAAGUUGAACUAAACUAUUUUAUUUCAUUUUCCCACUUCUCAUAUUUUAUGAUGGACUAUAAAUGUAAAAAUCUCAAACCGUUUAUUUACCUCUUACUUUUUGUGUUGUUGGUUGCCAGAAAGAAAAGCGUCGUCACCCUGGGAACCAACUGGAGGAAGAGAAUCUGGAUGACAGUGAGGAAAGCGGGGGUCAUGCCGGGUCCCGGGGGUCAAUCAGCACAGGUGUCACCGUAA